CGAGCAGCAGCCAGCAGCACAGGGGAAGUGAAGACGAUCGAACGCGGCCCGCCGCGCAUCGCAUCGCCUCGCCGCCGCCGAGCAUACACUACCGACUGACUUUGUUGAAGCUACGAAAUAAAUAAAUCAUCACACCAGCCUCUUGUGCCUUGCCCAUGGAUUCUGACGAGGCACCUGAACCUGAACGGAUUCACGCAACUGGAGCAGGCUCAAAUGCUGGAGACGAGCAGUUCGUGUGGCCCUGGAUGGGCGUGCUGCUCAAUGUGCCUACUGAGUGGAUGGGUGGGUGGAGAGAUGGGGGGAUGCGGCGAGGUGGGAUCCUGAAGGAGCGGCUCUUGCGCUUCUGCCCGCAUAUGGUCAUCCCUCUGGGCGACCAAUUCGGCCACCACACUGGGAUUGCCAUUGUGUUGUUUGGACAAGACUAUGCUUGUCUCGGCAAAGCCUUGGACUUUGAGAACCACUUCGAGGCACAAGGGCGUGGCAAACGGGGCUGGGAGGCGCACACCUUCCGACCACUGCCAGGGGAGAUAUUCGGAUGGGUUGCCCUGGCUUAUGAUUGGAGGACUGCAGGGCUCACUGGGGAGUUCCUGCGAAGCCAUGGUGGUCUGAAAACUAUUGCACAACUGGAGUCCAAGAUGCAAUCUGAGAUGCAGAAGCUUGCUCUGCUGCUUAGCACAAGGAGAAGAAAAUGUUCCAGCAGAAACCGGAUGCCACAGGGAACCUUGAGUUUGAAAUAAAGCAGCUGAAGGGACAGUUGGAAGUGAUGAAGCAGAAAGACUCUGAAUCAAAGAGGAAAAUAGAUGAACUUAAUAAGGAGCUACAAGAGAAGGAUGAUAAAAUAGAAUACAUGGAAUCAAUCCAUGGGAUUCUGGUUACGAAGGACCUGAAGAGCAAUGAUGAGUUGCAAGAUGCUUGGAAGAAGCUAAUAAAGGGCUUGGGGGAUGUUACAAGUUGCCGGACAAAUGUCGGCAUUAAAAGAAUGGGUGAUCUUGAUUCACGUUCAUUUGCCAAUGCUUGCAAACAUAAGAUGUCAGAAAUUGAGGCUACCAUUCUUUGUUCAGAGUGGGAGGAUGAGAUUAAAAAUCCACAGUGGCACCCUUUUAAAGUUGUCCCUGAUGACGGCAAAGGCAAACAGAAGCUAAUUCUUCUCGAGGACGAUGAGAAGCUGGGAAAACUGAAAGAAAAGUGUGGCGAAGACGCGUACGCGUUGGUGGUCGGUGCUCUGCGUGAUAUCAAUGAGUAUAACCCUAGCGGCCGAACCACCGUGCCUGUGCUGUGGAACAACAAGGAGGAUAGGGAAGCGACCUUGGGGGACGGCAUCGGGUACCUCCUCCAGCGGUGCGGCCUUAACAUUGCUUGGCAUUGACAUGAAUGCCGCUAAUAGGAGGCUGUGAACUGGCUAUCUUUUGGGAUCCCUGCCGUGGCACUUGAUCUGAGAUUGUGAACUGCCCUCUUAGGACCAUGUAUGUAUGUAUUUUGUUCAGUGUACGUUAUGUGAUAUGGAUGAAUGGCGACUAGCUUAUUGAUUUAAGUUACGUGACA